UCAGCCGCCGCGGAAGCGUUUCAGGCUGUAGCUUUGGAGUGUAAUGCAUAUAAACAACAGCUUCGGCGCUAACCGGAAGUGCGUCCCGCUCUUGCAUGGGUCCUCUCAGUCAGCUCACUCUACUGCUGGUUAUGACGUCACGUGUGGAUGUUUAGUUUUCGCGCCCACUUGCUUGGAUUGGAGAGUUAAUUUGCAAGCUUGCGAAGUAGGUUUGCACUUGCAUUUGAUAAAAUCGGGAGAUUGCAUCAGAAAUUCGAUACAGGAACUGAAAAAUCUUUUAAACUGCUGUUCAUUUUGCGGAUUUGCUGGUCUGUGAUCGGUACGCUUUCGGAAUUGGCUAAUUCGACUCCGUCAGAUAUAAAUAUUGUUGGAUCUCCUGUUUUACUGAGCCUAUAAUGUCUGCCACCAAAGCAUCAGCAGUAGAGAAAACGUAUCCCGCGAUCGAGCCUGCCCAGAGUGUGGUGAAGCCCGGACAGAUUAACAUUGACGCACCAAGAUGGGAUCAGUCAACAUAUUCCGGCCGCGCCAAACACUUCUUCACUACCACCAACCCUUUGAAUCUCCUUAAGGGCGAUAAGGAGCUGGAAGAAGUUAAACGCAUUAUCAUUAAUUAUAAAAAAGGCGAUGUUCCAGCUGGAUUGACGGUUGAAAAUUUGUGGAACGCCAAGCAUGUGUACGAUUCUGCCUUCCAUCCGGAUACGGGAGAGAAGAUGUUUAUUUUGGGCCGCAUGAGCGCACAAGUUCCUUGCAACAUGUUCAUCACAGGCAUGAUGAUGACUUUCUACAAGAGCACACCGGCUGUCGUGUUUUGGCAGUGGUUCAAUCAGUCGUUCAACGCCAUAGUGAAUUACACCAACAGAAGCGGGGAUUCACCGAUUAGCAACAAGACUUUGGGAACCGCUUACGCCCUGGCUACAACUGGUGCAACUGCUACUGCGCUAUCUUUGAAUGCACUCACCAAGAAAUUUCCUCCGAUUGUCGGGCGAUUUGUGCCAUUCGCAGCCGUCGCAGCUGCUAACUGCAUUAACAUCCCUAUCAUUCGCCAACGCGAGCUGGUAGAUGGCAUUCCAGUUACCGAUAAGGAUGGAAAUAAAAUUGGCAGUUCCAGUAUCGCUGCUAAUUGGGCUAUCAUCAAGGUUGCUCUAUCCAGAAUCUGCAUGGCUGUGCCCGGCAUGGUUCUUCCACCCAUUCUUAUGAACCACUUGGAACAGAAGACGACUUUUUUCCAACGCUAUCCAUGGGCUCCCGCCCCGUUGCAGAUUGGAAUUUGCGGUGUUUGCUUGAUCUUCGCUACACCUCUAUGCUGCGCACUUUUCCCCCAGCGCAGCUCGAUCAGUGUGAAGGAUGUUGAACCUCAUUUGCAAAAGGUUGCUGCUUUGAAAGGAAUCGAUGAAUUACAUUACAAUAAGGGCCUUUAAUGACUGUUUGUGUAAUUGUAAUUAGUUACGGACUUCCGGUGAAUGGAAGACGAUAUCGUGGGUGUGAUUGUGUGUACGCAAUAUUUUGCAUUUGAAAUGUCACCGUUGUAAAAGCGAUCUCGUGUCGUUUCUCUUUUGUCGCGGUCACAAAGUUCAUAUGCUACUUUACUGUGAAAACAGAAUUUCAGUUACUUAUUUAUUGCAUUAAGCCUGGUCCAGCUUGCAGUAACUCAUUUUGGUUGACAAAGAAAAUAUGAAACGACUUCGCGAA